CAACUACCAAUUCGUAACAACAACACUAAUAAUUUUGCAGAAGCUGGAAUUAGAAUUUUAAAAGAUAUCGUUUUUAAACGUGUUCAAGCAUAUAAUCUAGUGCAACUUUAUCAAUUUAUUAUAAAUACGAUGGAUCUUUAUUAUGUUCGCAGGCUUUUGAUAGUGGCUCAUAAUAACUUGGAUAAUUUUAUUGUACUUCGAUUCAAACUUUCUGGAUGGCAAAUUGGAGAAAAAGAUGAUGUAGAAAUUGUAAAUAAAAAUUCAAUGGUUUUUCGAUACAGAAGUAGCAAAAAUAAAGAUGUCUGGUACCUUGUUGAUAUGAAACUUGGUACUUGUGAAUGCAGUCCCAUAGGAACUUCGUGUAAGCAUCAAGCUUCUGUGGCCAAACAUUUUAACAUAUGUGGAUUAAAUCAAAUACCCACUAUGUCUGUUAGGCAGUUUGAAAAUGAAAGACAUGUAACAACAAAUAUAGAGUUAAUAGUUAGUAAUAAUAAUGUUAAUGUGAAUAGCA